CCAACGUGCAGAAGGGCCCAAACGGGGCAUUAUUACAGGCUAGACAAGCCCAGCGCGCCCACGCCAGACCGCCAGCUCCGCCCGCCUGAGUUGUGCCCCCCAAACGCCGCGGAUUUGGCUGCAUGUGGCGCGCUGCCAAUCCUUCGUAAAGGGCAUCCAGCCCGGCACUACUCCGUGCAGCCAGCCCAUUCAUUUCCAAUUUCCGGUCCGCACGCGGCUUUCCCUCCCCUCCCCUCUCACAACGUCAACGACGACCUUGGAUAUCCACAGAUCCACGGAUCCGACGGCCAAAAUGUCGUACAACAAUCAGUACGGCAACCAGUACAGCAGCCAGUACGCCGCCCCGGACGGCCCUGAUUCAACGGUCCACUACCAUGGCUCACCCCACGCACAGGACCAGCACGAGAUGCAGCCGUUCGUGCACGCGCAAGAAGACCCCAGCGUGCUGCCGACCAACGAGUUCCUGAACCGGGUGCAGCAGACGCGGACCGAGAUCCGGCGGCUGGGCGACGAGGUGCAGCAGUUGGCGGGGCUGCACCAGCGCGCGCUGGCCAACGCCGACAGCAGCGCGAGCAGCCCGGAGCGGCAGCAGCUCGACUACCUAGCCGCCGCGACGCAGCAGCGCAGCGGCGAGGUGCGCGAGCUGAUCCGCGUGCUGCGCGCCGACGCCGAGCACACGCAGGACGCCGGCGCCUUCAAGAUCAAGCGCGGCCAGGUCGAGAGCCUCGGCGCCGACUUCCGCACCGAGCUGCGCCGCCAGCUCGACGAAGAGAACCGCUACCGCGACGCCUGCCGCGGCCAGAUCACCCGCCAGUUCCGCAUCGUCAACCCCGACGCCACCGACGACGAGGUGCGCGCCGCUGCUGACAGGGACUGGGACAACGAGGGCGUCUUUCAGGCUGCGCUCCGCACCAACCGCUCCGCCGAGGCCACGGCCGUGCUGGGCGCCGUGCGGGCGCGCCACACGGAGCUGGUCAACAUCGAGCGCACCAUCCGCGAGCUGAUGCAGCUGUUCCAGGACCUCGACACGCUCGUCGUCCAGCAGAGCGCCACCAUCGUGCAGGUGGCCGAGCAGGCGCACCGCGCCAACGACGACCUCGAGAAGGGCGCCGAGCACGUCCGCGGCGCCACGGGAAUCGUCCGCCACACCCGCAAGCUCAAGUGGUGGUGUCUGCUGGUCGUUGUGCUCAUCAUCCUCGUCAUCGCGCUGGCGGUGGGCUUGGCGGUCGGGUUGAGGAAGGCGACUUCGUGAGUGGGGGGGCCGGCAUACUCGGUUUGGAAUGGUGGGUGUGGGUUCGGAACUUUGAAAAAUCGGACAUUGGGGGCAUUUUGCUUGGACAGGUAAGGGACUCAGCACAGAACGGUAACUGGGUGUAUAUAUAGUGUAAUCUCGUCGUAAUUUCAUAGACUCUCCCGAGACAACCAUUCCCGCUCCUGCUCAGUCUCUAGGUCGUCGGUGUCCAUAUAAUUACCAUGGGUAAUUCUAUCGUUCUGUAUUAAUCGGGCCGGUUGUACUUUGAAGUCCGCCAUGUGGCUGUGGGUCGUCAUAAACUCAUAGGAGUAUUCCGAGAGCUCACUGUCACAGCCUAGUGCUGCCUCAAUUCACCCCACCAACCUCUCUUUCUC